GAUUCUGGAGAAGGGACCGUGAAGAUGGAAGCAAAAUAGGAUGCCUGUGUUUAGGAAGAAGGGGUUGAAUUGUGUUACAACCCACACUGCAGCAUGACAGUACUAGUGCAAGUCUACUGCUAACCGCUAAAAGGUCAGUUGCAUCACCAUGCAGUGUGAAUGUGGUUGCAGCUGGACCAUUGUAUAUAGCUUUCACUAUAAUCUUCUGCUCAGCCAUAAAUUGCUCUCCGGUGUCUACCAUCAUGCAGUAUUAUUGAAGAAAGGAACAAAUUUCUUUUUGGUUUGCUUCAUAAAACUUCCUCUUCUGUUUGUGGAACAAAAGUCCUAACAGUCCAAGUUUACCAAUGGGAACCAAGAUACAGGCAGAUGAGCCUGCUACUGUAGUUGAGGUUUUUUCCAGCAUCAUUGGACACUUACCAGGCUAUCAAGAAGUUAUUUAUAUGUGCUACACUCCAGUUGUCUUCUGUGUGAUUUUAAUUUUUAAGAUAGGAUGCUUUCUGGUUAUUGUUGUUUUGAAGUAUGGCAAAGGACAUUAUAUAGCCCAUUUCAGUGUUGUGUGUGAACUUCAUUGGGUGUAUGUAUUUUACUGGGAUGUUUAUUAAGAAGCAAGAUAAGCAGCAGCACAUGUGGGUGUACACCUGUGAUCAAGGUGUUUUUUUAAAGGAUGGGAACAGGUGAUGGCUUUGCCAGCAGCUGCAUUUUAUUAUUUGCUCCAGUUUCCCUUGAGUCUUGCAAUUUGGACCCUGACAUCUCAGAAGAGAGCUGGCAAGGAUUUGCCAGUAUACUUUCCUAACACAUUGAUAUAGCAAACUGAGGAGUAUUUUGUUAUGCUCUGACUUGAAUACAAAAAAUAAAUCUGCUGAGAACUUUGGCAUUUUAGGAGAGAAUGCAAACUAUACAAAUUGGAAUAUCAUAAUUUCUAGUGCAGAGCUUAAAGACAAACUAGAAGACUGAGAAGGGAAACAUACUACAGUGUGGAGGAAUGGAAUUCAUGACUUGUAUUCUGAAAAGCCAGAAAAUCUGAAGAUUAAAAAAAAAAUUAACUGGAUUAAUAUUGCCUUUCGAAGUAAACUGCAUUCCAAGGUGUGUAAUUAAUUAUUGCAUGGAGUGUGAGGAACAGAUUUCCCUAAGUUAUGUUAAACUAAACUUGGAGUGUAGUCAUCUUAUGCACUUGACCUUUGUUAUAAAUAAAGCAGUAAAUACACAUAUACAGUAUGUGUAUCUUGCCUUGAAAAUUGACAUAGUUGUGAGUGAAUUGUGGAAGCAUUUCUUUGCCAUGUUAAUGGAAACUAGUUCAUCCAUGUAACUGCAUUGCUUGACUUGACUGUGGGUUGUCUAAGAAGACAGAAUGGUUUUUGAUUACUGCAGAUGCUCUUUAAAAGCAAUAGUCAUUUUAUUUUUAACAGAAAAGAACGUUUGACUUGUGCAGUUUACAUGUUCUCAUGUAUUGGAAAUAGCUUAGUUAAGUCUAGAGACUUUUCCUAAAGUACCCAUUUGCUAAAAUUACUAAGCUGUGUUUAUAUAUAUUUGUAGAUGUGUAAAGUUUCAGAAAGCAGUUUUUGUGUAGUUUGUUUUAGACUUUGUUAAAAUAUUUUUAUACCAUUUCCCCAGCAGUUCAAUUUUAAUUUUAAAGAGAGCUUGGAUACAUUAGCUGCAAUUCUUUCAUGGCUAUUAGAGCUUGAAGGGUGUAGUCCUGAUUACACUUGCUAGGGAGCAAGACCAGUGGAACUCAUUUCUGGGUAAACAUAGUUUGCAACGUGCCACGAGUGUGUAUUUUAUCUUACUUGGUUUCUUGGUUAUCUUACUGGGUUUCUUUCAAAUUGGUUCUUGGUUGGCAUUCUGUGACAUGCUUAGUGAUUUAUCCAGGAGUGGUGUGUAUUUCAGCUGCAAAUGCUUUUUUUGUAUCUGCAUAGUUUUUCAUGUGUGUGCGUUUUGCUGGGAGUUUGGCUUUAAUUUCAGACUCUUCCGUAGUUCAAUAAGAGAUCCUAUUGGGACUGUGUGUUGUAUUUAACACUCCUCACAGUGUGUAUUACUGUAUAUCUCUUCCCUACCAACACUUUAGGAUGAUUGUAUGCCAUUUCUAAGAUGACUGUAUAUCAUUUUAAAGAUAUUUUGUGCUUUUAGAAGAUAACCUUUAAAACAGCAAACAAGCAAGGUUGCAAUCGCAGUGAGCUCCAUUGAAAUAAAAGGCCCUUCAUUCAAAGUAAAUUUGCAAAGAUAGGGUCAUUCUGCAAGAGCAAACAGUUUUAGGUCUAAAUGUGCCUCUAAUUUUAAUUCAGAAAAUAGUGUACUUGUCAGAAAUUUGGAAAACACAGGUCCAGCUUGAAAGAGGCGUGGUAUGAAUGACAGCUGUGUUUAAUGUCACCUUGCACUGUUUGCAUGGUGCAAGCAGCUGACCCUAGUAACUAUGUAGAAUAUAAAGGAGCAUUCUUUAUUUGCUCUUUAUCAUAACUGCUCCUCUUUAAUUGUUUUUCUAAAGGACCUCUGGACACCAUGAAUUACACUGUAGUAUAUGAUACCUCAGAAACUAUGGAGUUCAGUGCUUUUCAUCGACUCUAUCUUAUGCCGGUAGUGAAAAUGACAAUCUGUAUAGUGCUUCCAGAACCCACCGGACCUACCUACAUAGUCCCAAAGUGGGAAGUGAUUGAAAAGCUGAAGAAAAUGGUUUGUCCAGACCGGUUCGCCAGUGUUAAGGUUACCAAGAACACUAAGGGUUUCAUUCUGUGUGAGGGAGAGGCAGACACCAAUCGCGUGUUUUGUAGGCUGAAGGAGAAGCUUCAUGGCAAGAUGAUAAACCUCAGUGGCUUCAAAGAUGAUUUGCAAGUGGUUGUCAUGGAGCCACCUUCCAAUCCGCCAGCUCCUCAGGAGUUGGAACCCACUAGAGAAUUGCCAGAGGAAGACUUAGCAGAGCAAAGCAAGGAUAGCCCUGGUUGCAUCUAUUUGGAAGGAUUGCCAUGCAAAUGGUUUGCAGUGAAAGGCUCAGGUAGUGAAUCACCAAGGGAAGAUGUCUUGAGAGCAGUAUUUGAAAAAUUUGGGAAGAUCAAGAACAUAGAUGUCCCUAUGCUUGACCCUUAUAGGGAAGAAGUGGUGGGAGGACGCAUGAAUAAUUUGACUUUGCGUUCCCUUUUGAACCUGCGGACAUUUGAAGCUUUUGUCCAGUACCAGGAGUCCACAUCUUGUUCAAAAGCUAUGGAGACAUUUAAGGGAAUGAAGCUGGUGUUUAAAGGGGAUGAUGGAAAAGCUCUUGCAUGUUACAUCAAGGUAAGAAGUAUUGCUUAGGAGUAGCUAUUUUUAGUCUAUUCCUGUAAAAACUACCAAGUCUUAUGCCACCUGAAAGGCUGGCAGUUUUAUUUUGGAAUAGGCAUUAUGAACUAUUUUCUACCAUAGGUGGAAGUGCCUAGUGAUGUGGAAUCUAGUCCCAUGAAAGGAUAUGCUGAAUUAAAUUUUUCAUGCAUCUGAUGGUGGGAGUCAUGUUCCACAAUUAAUCUGCCACCCUUUCAGGUGGCACCAGAGUUUUUGUGUUGUGCCAGGGAUGGGGAACCUGUGGAUCUCCAAGGCUGCUGGGCUACAGCUUUUGUCAUCCUUGAGCAUUAGCCAUAUUGGCUCAAAGUUGAUGGGAGCUGCAAUUCAACAACCUCUGGAAACCAUAUUCUUUAGGAAACGGGAGUCCUUCCGUUUGUGGAAGAGUCUUGCAGAAGCCAGCACUAAUGGAAGAGGAGGUGAAGAGAUGUUUGCCUAUCUCUCCUACAACCUCCUAUACCCACUUCCAUGCUGUUGCAAGGGGUCUCACAACUCACUGGAGCAGAACUGAAGAGCACAAUUCAACCCCCCCCCCCCUUUGCUGCCAUAUGGUUUUGACAGGUUUGGUCUUCUUUAUAUGGGGCAUCUGCUUCCAUAUACAGAAACUUUGAAUGAUUACUGAGAGUAUAUCACAACUUCCCAAAAAAUAUGCAUUUUCCUGGGGCUACCUAACUGGAAUAUCUUUCAGCAUUAUUUCCAUGUUUGGUCUUUAAUGGGUAUACAAUUGCAGCUUUGAAAAUAAUUUCACUUUGUUCACCUCUUAGAUUACUUGGGUUUGAUUUUAUUAAAUGUAUGCAGCCUAGUUACACGGACACCUUUUAGUUCUUUUCAUUUUCAGCACUGUGGUUUUUAAUAUGGGAGAGGUUUGAAAGAUGCCCAAUUCUCAUUUUAAAAUUGAGGGCAAAUAACAGCUGGUUUUCAGAGCCUUAGGGAUAUCCCAGGGGUACCUUCACAUGACACCUGUACUCUGUUUACACCCUAUCCCAACUGAACCUUUAAACUGCCUUUAUAAUUCCAACCCCCAACUCCAAAAAUAGAAGCUUGCAGUGUGGCAUAGGGACCAGGUGGGAAGUGUUUGUGUUCAUGGGUUACGAUCACAAGCAGUUAUUUCUCAGUAGCACAACUUCCUUUACUUGAGCAUGAGUCUCCCUGCCACCCCUAUGUCAUCUGUGUUGGGCUGCAUAACAAAGGCCUUCUUUCUGGUAUGGAGAUAGUUGAGCCAAAGUGGUUUAGGGAAUGUCCCAAUGCUGUUAAGGCUCCCUGUGUUCUAUUUGAGAUCUUAAAAUUGGCUCUGGAGACCUUGUAGAUUUUGUAUGCUUGAGUGAGCGAUACUACAAUUUGUACUUUUUUGAUUUUUAAACAGGUGACGUCCGAUACUACUGAUCAUUUCAGCGAUGUUGCUAUAAAUCAGAGAAACCUGGAAAAAACAACUCUGCAAGAACUAGAGAGAGAGCGAAAGAGGAACGAAGACAGAGGGAGAAAAGGGAUUGAAAGGUGAGGAAUCUCUGUGGCUUUUUCUUUUUUCUCUUAAAGACAAGAUUGAGCAUACCCUGUUAGUGGGGAAACUGAGAUAAGAGGAUUGUUUUUUGUGGCUGUGAGGGCUCCAUACUUUUUCUUUGCAUAAUGGCAGCUGACAUUGUGUACCAAAAUCAGCUGGACCUUGUGACUUACCUAAGUUUAUGCAAGGAGAGAAAAUCUGCGUACUUUCCCUUUUUUAGCCAUUUUAUUAGUUAUGCAUAAUUCAGAUUUUGUUUAGUUAUUGGGAUAUCUAUGUGAGAUAAUGGAAAACUUGCCCCGCAAGUACUUGAAAUCUUUUCCAGACACCUUUCUGCAGGCAUUUAUACAUAAUAUGCUCCUUGCCAUGAGGGCUAGAAACAUUUCUUUUAAAACAAACAAAUGAAAGUUGAGUCUUGGGAAAUUAAUUUGUUUACCCGGUACUAAAUUGUGUGCUCCUGUAGCAUUCACAUAACCAUGAUUAUUUUACUGUCUUCCCUAAAGUACAUUUCAGUGUAACUGAUAAAGCUGAAGGAGUUUUAACAGAAGGCUGCAAACAUCAAAACACUGUUUCUCACUUCAUGUUUUAUCUGCAGCUGUUAAUAGUGUUACAAGCCAUCCCAGUCUCCGAUCAGCUUGAGAUUCCAGGGGUUCCGGGUGCUUAACCCAGAGUUUGUGUUUUCUUUUGGAAAUGAGGCACAGUGGGGACUGUAUGUCUUUAGGAUAUAUGGUUUAUUUACACAUAUAUGCAGCCUGAACCUACGAUGGAGGGGUUCACAGCAUUAACACCCCAAGAGGGUGACCAUAGCCAUAGCCUUAGAUUUAGUAGACAUCAAACAUUGUGCUCUGCCUCUCUAGCUUUCUAGCUUGCAGCUUUACUUCUAGAUCAUCACUCCUAAACUCUGCCUUCCACAGACCACCCCCCCUUUGCUCUCCUUACUAGGAGGCUAGCUUGGUUUGAGUAGUUUUGAACACUUGCUAUUCCAGAGAUUAGAAGAGUCUGUAGGUGUACACUUGAUAGUAAAGACAUCUAGAUUACUGGAGAAAACAAGCAAGAUAUAAGCAGUCCAACUUUUGGCCAUGGGAUUACUAUCUGGUUACUAAUUUCAUGUCCUGCUAUUCAAAACAUGUUUCUAUCAGGUAAUAAUAAUAAUAAUAAUUUAUUUGUACCAGGCCCAUCUGGCUGGGUUUCCUCAGCCACUCUGGGCGGCUCCCAACAGAAUAUUAAAAACACACCAAAAAAUCAAACAUUAAAAACUUCCCUAUACAAGGCUGCCUUCAGAUGUCUUCUGAAAGUCAGAUAGUUGUUUAUUUUCUUGACAUCUGAUGGGAGGGCGUUCCAUAGGGCAGGAGCCACUACCGGGAAGGCCCUCUGCCUGGUUCCCUGUAGCUUUGCUUCUUGCAGAGAGGGAACCACCAGAAGGCCCUCAAAACUGGACCUCAGUGUUCUGGCUGAACGAUGCGGGUGGAGACGCUCCUUCUGGUAGCUGUUAUUGGGCGACUGAAAAUCCAGCAGACUCCAAAUUCUGCCAUUUUACUGUUCAAAGACUUCCUGAUUCUGCCAAGGGGAACAAAAAAGGAGUUUAAAAAGGAUAUUUUUGCCAUUUUAGCUGUUGGUUAUAUAGCUGCAUGAAUUUUUCCAUAGAUGCUUAGUUCUUUUCUAUUAGUUCAGAGUUGCCUCCUCAUGGUAAUUAACAAAUAGAAACUUGCCUUCAGUGAAAGGGCAAUAUGUCCUUUGCUUUACGUUAAUAGAUAACAAGUGACGGUUCUGUAUGAGGAUGAACCUUAGGCGCAUAGUUGCAUAAGACCUUUUUUUGCAAUUUGGUUUGUUUUAUCAAUUGCUGAAAUUCUGUAUAACAGCAUUAUGCCUACACUGAAGUUAGAUCAAUUUUUGUGAGAGAAUAUAAUGUAUUUUGGGUUUUGCUGCUGAGUUCAAAGAUAAAUGUGUGUCACCACUUGUUUUCUCAACCUUCCUUGGCUCUCCAGAGGGCUUCUUCAAUGCCAGAUUACAUCUGAGCACAUAUGUUCUUAUUCUGCAGGGAGUCUUGGGCUCCACCUUCUUUGUUGCGUUCAGAACAAAAGUUGUUAUGCCAAAAGACUGAAAUAGUAACACUAGAUUUACGAAACUCUCAACAAAUUCAGCUUUUGCAAGACUUUAUUUCACCCCUCCCCUGUUUAAAGACUAUUUAGCAAUUAGGAUAUAAAAUGCAGACCCUCAGGCCCCGGGAUUUCCUAUUACAGGUAAUUUGCAACAUAUGCUCAUUAAACUUGUGUGCAUUUAGCUUUAUGAGGUAGGCAAAAAAAAAAAAAAAAAUUAACAAAGGCAGGGCAGAAAAUGGGUGGCUGUCUGGGGAAAAAAAGACUUGGGCAAGCCCAGUUGCAAUGUGUUUUGACUACACACAAUUUUGGCUUUAGGUGCUAUCCCUGGUACAUAGCCCCUCCAUACAUUGAGAGCCACCGGUAUGUACAGAAGUCCGAGUUGGCUGCGUACCGAAAGGAUUUUACAAAAUAUUUUUUCUCAUCAGGAAUCGUUCAGGUCUAUACAAAAUCCUUUCUGCACUGCUUCUCAGGCUUUAUGAGAGCUCUGGCACACUUUCCCCGAAUUAAAUUUGGAGAGACGUGCUUCAUUCAUGCUCCUGGAAAAGGUCUACUUUUAUACUAUGUUCGUUACAAUUCACCUGCCUUUAGAAGGGCCCUCCUAGCUAGAAGACGGCAAGGUCAGAGCAGUGAUUCAUGCACAGACACAACAGACCUCUCAGACCAGGACGUUCUAUGUUACUCCAUGAGGAGUGGUAGAAUGAUCCAUCUACAUCCAGUGACAGGUUAGGAGGAGGAAAGAUCAGAGUAGUGGCUCACACAGAUACCAGAAGCAUCCUCUUCUGUGGCUGGGUACUUUUGAACUCACAGGAGCAUUAUAUAUGCUCACGUGACAUACUAGCAGUUUUCACACAGCGCAGAGUUUGGGAAUUAGCUGCUCUGUUCAGUCUGCAGUAGGGCUCAGCAACUUACAAGGCCAGAACUGCUUAGAUCUGCAUUCUGUGUCUUGAGACCGUUUUUGUGGCCUGUGGAGGCAUAGAAAUGUUGACUGGAGGUUAGGAACAAUGAUUAAAUUGAAAGCAAAGUGGUCUGUAGCUCUGACUGUAAGAAAGAGCCAAGGUCAGCAAAUGCACAAGGCCUCCAGACGAGUGUCUUAUUUCUUUUCUUUAGCCGGGGAAGGUGAAAGUGUUUGUAUAUAAUCUGUUAGCUUUCAUAGUGCAUCUGAGCACUCCCUGAGUAGUAAUAAUGAUGUGAUGGGGAAUAAUUCUAGCGUUUGGCAUCAUUAUAAUGAAGCCAGUGAAGGGCGGAAGAAAGUUGUUAGGUUAUCAGUAUUGCAGGUAUGAACACACUAACGGUGCAGCAAGAAUGAAGGGACAUUAAUGACAUGUAGAAACUAUUCUGUAAGAAUUGGGGAGAAAAGUUUAAGAUGGGUUUCUUAGCUUUUUUAAAAACAAAUAUAAGUGAACAUGCUAUACAGUGGUACCUUGGGUUACAGAUGCUUCAGGUUACAGACGCUUCAGGUUACAGACUCCGCUAACCCAGAAAUAGUACCUCAGGUUAAGAACUUUACUUCAGGAUGAGAACAGAAAUUGUGUGGCGGUGGUAGCGGGAGUCCCCAUUAACUAAAGUGGUACCUCCGGUUAAGAACAGUUUCGGGUUAACAACGGACCUCCAGAACGAAUUAAGUUCUUAACCCAGGGUACCACUGUACUAGAUAUUUAUUUACUAAUCAUUUCGUAAAAUUUAUAGACCGCGUGAUUGUAAAAAAAACACAAAACUUCAAAGAGGUUUACCAAAAGAUAAAACAAGAAAAUAAAUAAAAACCACAAACAUAAAGUUAAAACACACAUCACCUCAACUUUCUAAGCAUCUGGGUAGGCUUGCCUAAACAAGAUGGUUCUUAGUGUGGUAUGCUGUGGCAUGAUUGCUGACUGCAUUUUCCAGCUCACAUGUGAGGGAAGCUCCUUGUAGAGUGCAUUGUAGUAGUCCAGUACACUGGUACCUCUGGAUGCGACCAGGAUCUGUUCCAGAGCCCCAUUCGCAUCCAGAAGCAAAUGCAACCCGCAUCCACACGUGCGUGGGUCACGAUUCGCCGCUUCUGCACAUGUGUGUGAUGUCAUUUUGACCGUCUGCGCAUGCGCAAGCAGCGAAACCCGGAAGUAACACACUCCAUUACUUCCGGGUUGCCGCAGUGCGCAACCCGAAAAUACUUAUCCCGAAGCUACUUCAACCCAAGGUAUGACUCUAUUGAUGUAACCAAUACAUGAACUACUGUGGCAAGGCUUUCCCAGUCCAGGAAUGGCCACAGCUGAUGAACCAGCUGUAGUUGGUAAAGGGCCUUGCCAGCUGCUGAGGCUACCUGAGCCUCCAGUGAUGUAGGUGGAUCUGGAAGCACCUCAGUCUGUGAACCUUCUCCUUCAGGAAGAGUGCAACCCCAUCCAUGGUAGGAACUGACCAAUUUCUCAGACAAGGGAGCUGCUCACCCACAGUGCCUCUGUUUGGCCAGGAUCCAAGCUUAGCUUGCUUGUCCUCAUCCAUUUCACUAUUGCCCAGGGAUUGCUCAGGUUCAUUGUAUUGGCAUAAGAAAUGUAUUCAGUGCAAAUUACCCUUGCUUUUCAAUCAGUCCAGAAGACCCAUAUCACUAAUCUAAAAUAGCAAAAGCAGUGGUGGAUCUAAGCUUCAGGGACCCUAAUCUUGGAGGGUCCCCAGAAAAGACUUUAGCCACACAUGUACAGUGGUACCUCAAGUUAAGUACUUAAUUCGUUCUGGAGGUCUGUUCUUGACCUGAAGCACCAGUUUAGCUAAUGGGGCCUCCUGCUGCCACCGCGCCGCUGAAGCACAAUUUCUGUUCUUAUCCUGAAGCAAAGUUCUUAACCAGAAGCACUAUUUCUGGGUUAGCGGAGUCUGUAACCUGAAACGUAUGUAACCCAAGGUACCACUGUAUAUAGCAUUCCUCCCAUAACUCAAAAACUAUAAGGCAUAGGAUUUUUUUUUAUUCACACCAGUGAUUUUGACAGGUGAGAUAAUCUGUCCAGUAUAGCAAUUUUAAUCAAAAUCUGAGAUGUAGCAGUUAACAUUUUUAUGUGUGUGUGUGUGUGUGUGUGUGUGUGUGUGUGUGUGUGUGUGUAUGUAUAUAUAUAUAUAUAUAUAUAUAUAUAUAUAUAUGGUGAUCUGCCACGGAAUACCCCGUUGCAGAUAACAGUGGGUACCCAGGCCUUGUUGCUGAUUGUGUAGGGGCCCGCAUAACAGUUCAAACUUCCAAAAUGUAGGUCUGCCACUGAGCAAAAGUGCCACACCGUUGAAGGACCGGGUGCGGGCACAGGGUUGUGAGACUAGGUUCAUUAUUGUCAUGAUAAACCAUGGUUUAUGGCAGUGUUUGAAAUAGCUCAUGUAACUUUAGAUGCAGUACUGGGAAAUGUUAGGACCAGAAGAUGUUUCAAGAGAGAGCUGCCCUGAGGUUAUCUUCAAACAUUUUGCACCUCCUUAGAAUGUGUGAAGUAUAUAUGUGUACAUUCCAAAACACAAAUUUGUAGGAAGUGUUCUCUCUUGUGUCCAAACAGAUUUCAAGGGUGGAAGCCCUUCCUGUUACCUCCUUAUCUUCCCUUCUACCUUGCAAGGGUUAAAACUGUAAAAUUAUUUCCCUCCCGCACCUAAAUUGUCCCAUAUCAAUAAUUGCCUAGAAAACGACGCGAUGAUGAAGAAAAGAAAACUGGAGAAGGAAAGAGGAAGUAUAAGCACAAGAGACAUCGGCAAAGGGAGAUAGAUUGGGAUACAAAACGCUCAAGAAAGCAGCGGAAGGUAACAGAUGCGGAAGAUUUGUGGACAGAGAAGAUGCCCAAUUGGGAAAAGAAGAAACACGAUAUAGCUCAGAAAAGAGAGGAGUCCAUGAGGCUGCUUUCCCUGCUCUUAAACAAAGUAAAAGUAAGGAUAUAAUUUUCAAAAUUUUCUAAGGGUUUGUGUUUUUUAAAAAUAUAUGUAAUAAGUUGUGGACAACUGUAGGCAUAUAUGAUAGCAGAGUUCGCCACAAGUGGGCAGUAGGUUUCUCAGUUUCCACAUCCAAGGCACACCACAUUUUGAUGCACUGAACUGGGUGCACUGGGAGAUUUACAUGUUGAUUCUGAGAAUGAAGCGAUUUAAGUAAAGCAAGAUGUAAGGCUUUUGAUAACUUCUCCUUUUCAUCCUGUGAUAAAGGAUGAUACAAAUGCUUGUUGGUGGAAGUUCUCUUUUCAUAUAGGAAAUUGCUGUGAAUUAUUGAGGUGGGGCUGAAACUUGCUUUUUUGUGUGGGGUCAUUAUUUUAGUAGAACGACUCCGAAGUUAUCAUUAAAAAAGCGAAAGCAAGUAAACCGGCAAUUUGACUAUUGCCUAUGGCAAGUGACUUUCAUUAAUAAUUAUUUUUCCAAGCUGGCAAAAUCAAGCUGGCUUGUAUCUUAAAGGCUAUGAUUUGUGCAGCUUUGUGAGCCUUUUAAGAUGUGGUUUGAAGUGAACUGGUAUUUAAAAAACAAAAAACACAGGUUUCCUUUCUGGAAAAAUUGAACCACCUCAAACAGCAGUCUGCAGAGACAACUCCUACAGUGAAUGAAGUCUUAAGUGUGUUUCCCAAACAGUGUAUUUUGGGUCUUGCUAAGACUGUCAGGGAGGGAGGCAGAUUUCACCCAUGAGGUACAACCCACAGGGAGGUUAUGCAUAAGUCCCUUUUUAUGAGGGUGGGGACGAGCUGUUAAAACACAACAAUGCUUUUAUGCAGCUUUUACAUUUUAGUAGAAUCGCUAGGACAAAGUAAUCCAUCCAUGUUGUCCUCCAACUGUUCUUGGACUCCAACUCUUGCAAUCCCAGGCCAUUUGACAUGAUGGGAGUUGUAGUCCAAGAGCUUCUGGCCGACACCAGGUGCAUUCUGGCUUGUUUGACCUGGGUGGGUGGAUGCCAUUUGGAUUUCCUGUCUUAGGCACUGAAGAGUCUUUGACUAGCCCAAAUUGUACAUAAAAUCAUUUAUCAUUAGGCUUUGCUGAUUUACUGGUAUUUGCUUUCUGCUCAAGUCCCUUGUUCUGUUGCGCUAUAAUUCUUUCUUUUAUUCCCCCCCCCCAAAGGACGUUGCACAAGCAUCCGAGCAAAUAGGGGGCCCUCUGCUGAAUCUUGAAAUCAAAAGGGAGAAUUGCUCCUUUGCAUCUCAGAUACAGAAUGCACCAAAGGAACAAGUAAACUGCCUUGGGCAACAAGAGUCGAAGAAUAAGAGCGAAUCCACGUGUCAGUCAGCUCAGUUGGCGGAUGCUUUUAUUGAGGAGAAGCAGCAGGAGCAGGAGCAGCAGCAGGAGCAGCAGCAGCACAUUCCAUUUAAGUUGCCUCCAUUACCUGAUCCGUUUUGGAGAAAUACUUUGAACAGGCCAGUCGCUGAAACCAUCAGCACCUACGUAACACACAGCCCCCAUGACAGCCACUCGUUUGGGUGCUCCCCUAACGCUUCCAGGGAGAGAGAAUUCAGGAAGCCCAAGAUAUAUGAAACUGAUGAAUUCACACAUUAUUUGCUCAACUACUAUCAAACCCCAGAAUAUGCACGGGACUUUCCAAGGGUGGAUAACCCAGCGAAUAAGUCUCAGUGGCAGAGGGUGGUGUAUUACAAUAAGGACAGCUUCCGGAUUAACCUGCAGAACAAAGAUAGGCAGUGCAUGACGGAUUUGAUUUGUGUACCAAAUACCCAAGAGAAAAGCUCCAGACGUAGUGAUAACUGGGAAGUAAUGGAUGAGGAACCUGAGGUUAUGCCAAAAAGCCAGGCAUGUGCUAGGAAGUUUGCCAAAAGCUAUCGGGGCAAAGAUCUGUCAAAUCAGGCUGAAGAAGGAACGCUGCGUGGUAAAUUGAAUAGUCGUGUCCUAGUAAGUGCAACUCAUGAUAGAAAAUCUGAAGCAGAAGACACUGAAAUGGUGGCUAUGGCAUCACACAAGCUAGUUGGCCGUGUGAAUAAAUUGAAGGAUGUAUUGGAAGAGAUCAGCAGUGAUUCUGAAUCCUUCAGUGAGGCACUUAAUGAGUCACGAAGCAAAAAAGAAAGAAAAAAUGGUGGUGGCUGCAAGGUGUCACCCUUCGGUCAGAAAAUGGUGAGAGAUUUGUCGAUUUCUGUCCAAAAUGAUUGUUGUGGUGCUCAAGGUAUUGAAUGCAGCAAACACAGUUUCUUCUCACGCUCUGAGUACUGUGAUUCAGCAAGGCACUCCAAGCUAAAGCUUAGGACAACAUACAAAAGAACCAGCAGCAAAGUAAGGGGUGAAGAACAAAGAGUCAAAUGGACAUCUAGUGAUGAGGAGAGGGAAGCUGAUCAGAAGAACAACAGAAAGAGAUAUUCUGGAAACAAUUUGUCUGAUGAUGAACCGCAAUUCUUUAAAUCAAACCAUUGUGAAGAGAUGGAGUCUCUUGGCAAGAUGUCCCAUCACAAAAGGAAAUGUAAAACUCAUCACAUUAUGCCAGGGGCAGUAAAAGCAAAAGAUGCCACCCAUUCGGGCGGGUCUCCUUUUCAAGAAGCUCACCCAAAGGCAGAUAAGGGGAAUGUAGACAUUAACAAGACCGGUGAGAAUGGGUGCGAAAUAAAUGAAAAGCAGAGAAUUUUCAAGGCUAGCGCAAGAAGAGUGGUGUCAGGGCAGUAAGGAGAGGUGAGAGAAUUGGUGAGAUGGUGAAACAAGCAAGUGGGUGGAAUAGGAUGGGGGCAGCUUUCAGUUUUUGGAAGACCUUUUUGGCGUUAAUGAGCAGCUCCUGCAACGGGGACAUUUUUCACUCCAGGAGGUUUUGCUGCAACUCCUGGUUUUCAGGGGACUUGCUGUUAAGAAAAUAGGUGGAAACAGAUUCCUGAAGUAUGCCCUUUGUUUCCUGUCAAAACAAUUCAAUCCAUAUGCAGAGACAUUCUGUGGAGGGGAACUUGGAAGAGGAUGCUAACUUGGUUGGUCUUGGGGGGUGAUGGGGGUGGUUCUUGAAAGCUCAAAUUAGGCCCUCUUGAGGACUUAAAAAUAAAUCACAUUUGGUGAUUUGGGUGCUCUGCUUGGGCUGCUGUGCAUGCUGGCAGAGCACGAGAGGGCAGACACAGCUUGGCAAAAACUGGUCAACAGAUUCAACAUCUGUACUAAUGACCAAAAUUUUUUUUUUAUUAAAAAAAGUUACUGCAGUGCAUGAUUGAAGCCAUGUUGAAUGGUCUACUCAGAAUCUGAGCCAAGUGAAGUGAAUGGUCCCUGCCGAUUUCGGAGGGAGCCACAGUAUAUGAAAAUGCUCCCUAGUAACUGUACAGUUAAAGGAGUUAGUUGAACAAAUUGUUUAAUUUAUAAGAUUAAAAAAAGAAAGUGCCUCCUCAGUGAUGUCAGAAAGGGGAUGGUGUGAGAGAUGAAACAUUUAUCCAAAAGGCAGAGAAGGAACGUGUUUGUUUAUAAUUUACUGCAGACGUGGCAAUUUGAGAUACUCACGCUUUUUUUUUUAAUUAUUAUUAUUAUUUAUUUUGCAAGAAGCCUUUUAUUUAUUUAGAAAGAUUUAUAUGCCACUUAAUCAGAAAACUCUGCAAUUAGCAUAGCUUAAUCCAGCAUUGGGCAGUAUAUGCUGUGUGCCAGAUUCUGCUUCUCAGUCCAGACCCAUUUUGUGGCAGGUCCCUUUGGGUUUAUUGGAAUGGUUUGAGUAGAAUAACAGGUGCUCUGGUUUGAAUGGCUCCUCCCUUUAAUUCUGCCUAAAUCUUCUGCCCUUUAUUAACCAGCUAAGGGCAAAGUUACACAGGACAUAGGAGAGCCAUUAUCAGAUUUCCUGCCAUUCAUUUUUCUUUUUUCUUUUGAAGGAGCAGUUGCAGGGUGCUCAAAUGGCAAUCAUAGUAGUGGAGCUGGGAGGAAGUGUUUAGCCCUUCCCACCCCAGUCACUUUACUAAUAAUAAGUAACUCCCUACUAGCGUCAGGGUAAGGUGGAAAUGUGGGCAUGAUAGAGGUAAGGUUGGGCCCAUAUCUUAUGCCCACCUUAUAUAUAUAUAUUUGGGGUGGUGGUGAUGGUAAAUACAUAAAUGGAGAGCGAGGUAAACAUUCCAUUCCCAGCUGUUUAUUUCCCCCCACCUGUGCACCCAGCAAUUUUUCCUUGCUUGCCAGGAUUUGGGAAGAUAGUGGGAAGCUCCCAGAGCCUGGUAAACAGACCUUGCCUUGUAUUGGGGGGAGGGACAGUUCUGGGGGUUCCUGACUGCGCAACUUUGCUUUUGUGCAUGGGCACCUGGAACAGAACCCUCGCUUUAAGUGGCGGGCCAGUUGUAUCUGUUUUCCCCCACUGCCAUGGGACAGAAGUCAAUGGCAGGAGGGGACUAUAGGUGGGAGGAAACAGCAGGGAAAGGGAGGGCUUAGCACCCCUAGAGCCCAGCAUCCCUGCGCCAGUCAAAGCAGGAUGCACCCAGGUUGCUUUAAAGUGUCUUUUUCUUUUUUCUUUUUUUUUGAAAAAACAAACUCAUAUCAGGAGACCAGGAACUCACACAGAGUUUGGCCCCUAAGUUAAUUUAUUUUGAAGAAUAGGUGGGGCUUGAGAGGGGAGAGCUAAAUUAAAAUCAUGGUUGAUGUUGUGUGAGAACCAAUGAAAUUUCCCCCAGUCCUCUCCUAAAUGUCACAGAAUUAAUUACUUUCAUUUCAAAAGACAGAACUAGAAAGCAAGAAGUCCAUAUUUUCACAUGUACUUCACAGGCUAGGGGUGCUGUACUUUGUAUUCGAUGGAUCUGCUGAACAGGGAAUGCUUUGAGCAGUGAAAAAGGGGUAUGAAAUCUACUUAAGUGCUGGUUGGUAUUUUGUUCCUUGAGUAAGUGACCUUCUAAGCAUAGCUAUGUAGUCUGAGCCCAUAGAAAUUAUUCUGUUCAGUUAUUGCUUAUAAUUUUAUGAAACAUGGAACGGGCAAAACAAAGACCGUCAAGGACUACAACCUGAAACCAUUCUACUGACAAGAAUAGGCAGUUCCGAGGGCUGCAAGCUAGGUUGUCACUUGUUGCACCAGAUAGUCAAAGCUGUAAGAAGAGGAACAAAUUAUAGUUUGAGUUUUUGCUUAUACUUUUAAUAUGCUUUAUUUCAUGUCAUGGUAAUUUUCAUGUGAAUAAGCGUUCCCUAGCAUACCAUCCAUGUUUGUUAACCUCUGCUCCAAUAAAGUAGUAAUGAAGCAAUGUAUGCAGAUAUUUUCUGUGCUUAGAUUCAUGUUUUGCGUCAGGC